AUGCGCACAAGGACGUGCCAGAUCUAUACUUAACACAAUAGAAUCACAAAUAUAUGUCUCAGAUCAAAUCCUAACUGUUUAAGAAGGAUAUCACAGUAAGUUUAUCAUGGCUGGUCCUCAGAGCGGCUCAAACGUGACGCGUAAUUUCACAAAUCAGUUCGUUCAGCCGCCGUGGCGCGUCGCGAUCUGGUCGGUCGCAUACAGCUCCGUGCUGGCGGUCGCCGUGUUCGGAAACCUCAUCGUUAUUUGGAUCAUUUUGGCUCAUAAACGGAUGCGCACCGUGACCAACUAUUUCUUGCUCAACCUGGCGUUCUCCGACGCCUCGAUGGCCGCCUUCAACACGCUCAUCAACUUCAUUUACGCCACGCACGGAGAGUGGUACUUUGGAGAGGUUUACUGCAAGUUCCACAACUUCUUUCCAGUGACCGCCGUGUUUGCUAGCAUUUACUCCAUGACUGCUAUUGCAGUCGACAGGUACAUGGCCAUAAUUCACCCUCUGAAGCCUCGUCUGUCAGCUACCGCUACUAAAGUGGUGAUUGUCUGCAUUUGGGGCCUGGCGGUGAUUUUAGCCUUCCCGCUGUGUUUCUACUCAACCACGAGGACUAUGCCUCGCAGAACCGUCUGCUACGUCGCCUGGCCGAGACCUUCUGAGGAUUCGUUCAUGUAUCAUAUCAUAGUCACGGUGCUGGUGUACAUGCUGCCCCUAGUGGUCAUGGGUAUCACUUACACUAUAGUUGGGGUGACGCUUUGGGGAGGAGAGAUUCCUGGAGAUUCGUCGGACAAUUAUGUUGGACAACUGCGUGCAAAAAGGAAGGUGGUGAAGAUGAUGAUCGUGGUGGUGGUGACCUUUGCCCUCUGCUGGUUGCCCUACCACGUCUAUUUCAUUGUGACGGGCCUAAAUAAGCGUCUGAACAAGUGGAAGUCCAUCCAGCAGGUCUAUCUGUCAGUGUUGUGGUUGGCCAUGAGCUCCACCAUGUACAACCCCAUCAUUUACUGCUGUCUGAAUGGCAGGUUUAGGGCUGGUUUCAAACGGGCCUUCAGGUGGUGUCCAUUCAUCCAGGUAUCAAGCUACGAUGAACUCGAGCUCCGUCCCACCCGUCUCCACCCACGCAACCAGAGCAGCAUGUGCACCCUGUCCCGCAUCGACACCAGCGUGCACGGCGACGACCCGCGCCGCAGCAAACGCAAGAGCACCAAGUCCCAGUGUCAGGUGGAGGUCAAAGAUGAAAGCACAGCAGCGACUAAACUCUGUCUUCACAGGGAGCCCACGUUUGCUACCGAGCAGCUCAGCUGAAGGGCCCGAUGUGCGUCAGUUCGUGGUUCUGUUGUAGGUGCUCCACACGUGAAUACAGCCACAGGUGAUAUAUAAAUGAGACACUGUACAUUAAGACUGAAUGCACUCAUGAUGAGGUAAUACUGCCUCCAAGUGGAGAACUGUGAAUGUUUUCAGUGUAGUCUAGCAUACUCAAUGCAUGCUGCCUAGUAUACACUGCAUACUGCCUUCUUUUUUCUUGAAAUAAAACAACAUAGUACACAGUAUGCAAUAAUAAACAUUUAAAACAUGAAAACAUAGUAUGCUACAUUACAGAUUCAUGACCUCAUCAUGUUGCAUGAUUAUCUAGGAAAUAAAAAGUUGGCACGUUCGAUUCAGUUUUGUUUGAAAAAAUUGCUAAAAUGAUGCUUCUGAUUGAAAUGGAGCAUCAAAUCAAUCACAGUUGAGUGUUUCUUGCACAUUAUGAGCUGUUUAUCUACUAUACAUGCAUAUAUUUGCAUUUUGAACAUAGCCAGCAUUUCUUCUGUAUUGAAGUAAAAUUCAGUCUGAUUUUUUGUAUAGGAGAACUGAAUGUAAAACUUACUGUAAUAACACAUCUGAGCCAGCUAACUUAUUUUAAAUGCGCGCAGUCAGAUCAAUCAAUGUCGUGAAGCAAUGUUAGGAAAUAUGAAGCGGAUAGACUUUAAAUAAUGUGUGUAACAUAUGCUGCAUCCACUGAUUGAGUGACACAAAUAAUGUAUGUUAAUGUCAUAACAUUCUUACAUACACUGGCUGUUUCAUAAAUAAGGUCUAAUGAAUGUAUAUAACUGGACUAUACAUAUUUUUUGUGUCUUGUUCAUGUUUGAUAUAUUACAGUAUGUGCUGUAUUUAUGAUGUACUGUAAAUGUUAACACACACUGAUAAUGUGCUUACGGUCUGUAUUGUACAAAAUGUGGAAAGUUAACUUUUUAUGAUCACACAUAGUCACAAAAAAUGAAUGUAGUAAAAUGCUUUCACGUUUAAAUGCGUUAAUGAUGUUUUUCCAGCUUUUAUGCCUGUUUUGAUCUUAAAGUGUGGUCACAUUGUUUUGAUGUUGAGUGUGAAUGUAGAUU